AUGACGUUGUGAGUUGAGGGACUUGUUCCAUGUCUUCGCCGUCUGCAUGUUCCCCAAUCGACCCCCCCUCAGUGAUCGUCUCAUCCCCUGUCUCGUCAUUCUUGCCGGUCACUCUUGUAGCAGAGGUCUGUUCAAGUCUCAACGAUGCGUCGCUUCAAAGUACCCGAGAUGUCGCCCUAUGCGGCAUACCUUGUCUCCAAAUCCUACAACGAGCUGCGGCCUUCAUGAAGAAUUCUGAAUCAACCCGCGCUCGGCCUGGGUACGAGGUGAAACUGGACAUUCAACAUCACCACAUGGCUCUAGAGGCCCUUUUCCUUCUCGCCGAAGAAAACAUCAACGCCGUCCCAUUUCAUUCGGUUCAGGGCAAGUGGUUACGGCUCUACGUCGAUGUCUCAUUGUUACAGUCCCUGCUCGACCUCGUCGAUGGACCUCCCGAGGGCGAGGACUAUCGUGCUCACUGGAGGCGAGCGAUCAAACGGCUCGACUUGGCCAUUAUCGUCGGCGGAGCUGUAGGACAACAUCGGCGACGAUGGAUUCUCUCCCUCAUCACCUGUAUUCAGAACGGCGGUUAUCCUCGUCAUCAUUCACCCGAGCAACAUCCUUUACGAUCAUCUUCGAAAAGACGCCGGUCAAUGGAGAGAAGUGACCGUCUCAACAUUGCCAGCCGGAGCAUCCCAGUCUUGCCGAAUCCUCCCACCAUCGACGAGUAUCUCAACCAACACUACUCCCAACCGUUCAUUAUCAGGGGAUACGCAGCGAGUUACUCGGCAGUGACGAAUUGGAGCUCGGCGGAAUAUCUCCUGGACGCUGUCGGGGAGGGUCGUUAUGUGCCCGUGGAAGUGGGAGAAGCGUACGAUGCAGAGGGUUGGGGACAAAAAAUCAUUCCUUUUAGGGACUUCCUAUCAAGCGCCGGCUUUGACGUUUCACCCGAGUCGGAUGAGAUGAAUGAGGAACUAGGUGUUCAGCCUCUGUACCUCGCUCAACACUCCUUGUUCAACCAAUUUCCCGCUCUCGAAAAAGACUUUCUGGUCCCCGAGUAUGUCUGGUCGGGGCCGGCCACGCCCAGCGAUGCGCCCGAUUAUCGACCACCCAUCACAGAUGAUGGGGUUAUCAUCAAUGUCUGGAUAGGAAACGGAGGGAAAGGGGUCGUGAGCCCGGCGCACACCGAUCCGUACUAUAACUGCUACCUGCAAGUCUUAGGUCGAAAAUGUGUAUGGCUCGCUCCCCCCUGCGUCGCUCCGCACAUGUACUGUCAUGCUGAAUCUGGUGAUGAGGACACCAUCGCUUCAAAAUACAUGCACAACACGUCGACCGUGCCAAUUUUCCGCCGAGACGAAACGUCCACAACUGAACUGCGUCAGAGGUUUCCAGACUUCUUCGAGCGUGUUGUACCACUCAGUCAUGAGGCCAUUCUCAACCCCGGUGAUUUGCUGGUAUUCGGUCCGGGAUGGUGGCACGCAAUGAGGGGUGAGGGAGACGGACCCGGAUGGAGUAUCUCGAUGUGGUAUUGAGAAGACGUCUAGAAUGUCCAGUGACUUCCUGGUCAGGGUACGCUUUAUAAGGGAGCUGGAGACUGCUAGGCAGAUCUCGAGUAUCGAGCCUUCUAGCGAGGACGUUAAGAUGCAGGUCCCUUACUGCACUCGUAUCACUUCCAUACCCAUGUUACUGUCAAACACCCACGAUAGCUAUCUGUAUUUGAUACGACCCUGUCACCUUCACAUGACAUCAUUGUGUCAGACAUAGAAGAAGAAUGCAUCAAGAGUACAAUAUUG